AUGGAGAGAAAAAUAUCUGAGUACGACGAAUCCAUCAAGAAUCUUGACAUUGCUAGAUGUCUGAUGAUACUAUCACAAACCUCCAUGGUCGAUGUGAACCAACAAUACACAGAGCGGAAUACAAGUAACCGGUUCGAAUGCAAAACGUGUAACCGGAUAUUCUCUUCGUUUCAAGCCCUAGGUGGCCACCGGGCUAGCCAUAAGAAGCCAAAGCUAUCCGUUGACCAAAAAGAGAUGAAACAUGUUACCAAAAAUUAUAAUGGAAAUCAUAUGCACGAGUGUUCGAUAUGCGGUCAGAGUUUUGGUACCGGACAGGCUUUAGGUGGUCAUAUGAGACGGCAUAGGCCAAGCAUGACAGGGGGGCCAUCGCAGGUCAUCUCUCCCGUGGUUUCGAACAUGCCGGUUCUGAAACGAUGCAGUAGUAGCAAGAGGGUUUUGUCUUUGGAUUUGAAUCUAACUCCCUUAGAGAAUGAUCUUGAAACUAUUUUUGGGAAGACGUUUUUCCCGAAUUUAGAUAUGAAGUUCGUUGUUUAG